AUGAUGCAGAACAAAGAGAAACAAGAGGUCUCCGCCACCGUCUCCACGUCAUCAUACUCCACCAUAGUUUCACGGGCGAGGAUUCUCUUGUCCCUCUUGAGAAUCAAUCCUUUUGGUAAGCUAACAACGAGUGACCUAGACAAAAACAAAACGCCGCUGUUUAGCGUUUUCAGCGGCAGAACUGAACUCUACUCGUUCCCGGUGUCACAAUCGGAGGCAACGGCAAGAGUUCAAGAAAACGUUAGCCAGUUCAUCGGGAACUACAUUUCUGUCUUUGUCAUCUUCUUCUUAAUAUCUCUGUACAAGCAGACGACACCAUUUUUAGUGCUGUUAGCGAGUUUUCCGGUUACGGAUUAUCUCGACAAUUUGAUUGUUAAAAAAGGACUUGAUCAAGUUUACCCCUUCAUUCGUCGUUUGCUCUUCUUCAUCUCCAAAUUAGGAAUAUCGGCUCUUCUUAUGCGUAGAGAAGUUGUUAUCGCUUUUUUCUCGUCUCUUCUUGCUGCUUACUUAAGAAUAGCGGCUCUUCUUAUGCGUAGAGAAGUUGUUAUCGCUUUUUUCUCGUCUCUUCUUGCUGCUUACUUAGCGAUGUUGUUGCACGGAGCGCUAAGGAAGUUGCGUGAUUGA